AUGGAAAUUUUGUGGAAGACGCUGACUUGGACGCUGAGCCUGGUGGCCAUGGCUGCUUCGGAAUUCCAGACUUUCAACAGACUUUCGCACAGCUCUCAAGAGGAGUUCCUGUCCUACCUGGAGCACUACCAGCUGACUGUCCCGGUACGGGUGGAUGAGAACGGGGAGUUUUUGAGCUACACAGUGAAGCACCACCGCCCGGGCAGACGGAGACGGGGUGCGGUGGACCCCACGGUCGGCUCGCUGCCUCAGUUAGACCCCGACCCUCCGGAAUCUCACCUCUUCUACAGACUGUCGGCCUACGGAAAGCACUUUCACUUAAACCUGACUCUGACUCCCCACCUGGUGUCGAAACAUUUUACCGUGGAGUACUGGGGGCGAGAGGGGCUGGAGUGGCGUCACGACAGGGUGGAUAGCUGCCACUAUGUUGGGAUCUUGCAGAACCAGCACAGCACGACCCGAGUGGCUCUUAGCAACUGCAAGGGCCUGCACGGCGUCAUAACGACAGAGGAAGAGCAAUAUUUAAUAGAACCGUUGAAGAACACAUCCUCCACAGCCUCCAGUGAGCGGGACCUGGACGAAGCACAGCAGCAUGUUAUUUAUAAAAUGUCUGCCAUCCCCUCACCGCAAGAACAUGACCAGGAGUUUGGCUGUGGCCUUUCAGACCUCAUAAAAAGUGCACCCUGCCAAUUUAGUACUGCCCCCCCUGUCCACUCGCCCCCCGUCCCGCAAAGCGGCAGGGUGCAGCUAAACGGCACCCACAGGCAGAGGCGCUCCGUAAGCACCGAGCGCUUUGUGGAGACCCUGGUGGUUGCGGACAAAAUGAUGGUCGGUUACCAUGGACGCAAGGACAUCGAGCACUACAUCUUGUCUGUAAUGAAUAUUGUUGCCAAACUUUACCGUGAUGCCAGUCUAGGAAAUGUUGUGAACAUAAUUGUAACCAGGUUGAUUGUUCUAACUGAAGACCAGCCCAACCUGGAGAUAAACCACCACGCCGACAAGUCUCUAGACAGUUUCUGUAAGUGGCAGAAGUCCAUCCUCUCUCAUCACGGAGACGGCAACAGCAUCCCGGAGAACGGGGUGGCCCACCAUGACAACGCUGUUCUGAUCACACGGUAUGACAUCUGCACCUACAAGAACAAACCCUGCGGUACCCUGGGCUUGGCCUCAGUGGCUGGAAUGUGCGAGCCUGAGAGGAGUUGCAGCAUCAAUGAAGACAUUGGCCUGGGUUCUGCUUUCACCAUUGCACAUGAGAUUGGUCACAACUUUGGUAUGAACCACGAUGGGAUUGGGAACUCCUGUGGCACCAAAGGCCACGAGACAGCCAAACUGAUGGCCGCUCAUAUCACAGCCAACACCAAUCCUUUCACCUGGUCCGCGUGCAGCAAAGACUACAUCACCAGCUUUCUCGACUCAGGUCGGGGGACGUGUCUGGACAAUGAACCUCUGAAACGAGACUUCCUGUACCCAACAGUGGCCCCGGGGCAGGUGUACGAUGCAGACGAGCAGUGCCGCUUCCAGUACGGAGCCUCCUCGCGCCAGUGCAAGUAUGGGGAAGUGUGUAGAGAGCUCUGGUGCCUUAGCAAAAGCAACCGCUGUGUAACGAACAGUAUCCCUGCUGCAGGAGGCACCCUGUGUCAGACCGGCAGCAUCGAGAAAGGGUGGUGCUACCAGGGGGAGUGUGUGGCGUUCGGUACCUGGCCCCAGAGUGUGGACGGAGGCUGGGGUCCCUGGUCCACGUGGGGCGAAUGCAGCAGGACUUGUGGAGGUGGUGUGUCCUCCUCCAUGAGGCACUGUGACAGCCCAGCCCCCUCGGGAGGAGGGAGGUACUGUCUAGGAGAGAGGAAGCGCUACAGGUCCUGCAACACUGAUGCGUGCCCUAUAGGAUCUCGGGACUUCCGGGAGAAGCAGUGUGCUGAUUUUGACAGCAUGCCUUUCCGUGGGAAGUACUACAAUUGGAAGCCCUACACUGGUGGUGGUGUGAAGCCCUGUGCGUUAAACUGCUUGGCAGAGGGUUACAACUUCUACACCGAGCGCUCCCCCGCGGUCAUCGAUGGCACCCGUUGCCAGGCCGACUCCCUGGACAUCUGCAUCAAUGGAGAGUGUAAGGUACGGGACAUAGUCGUAGUGGCGCCACUCUCACUGCUGCAGGAGGGGUCGCAGGUUGAAAGCCCCGUCAUGGGCCCUCUGUUUGUCCAUGCCCCGGUGUGGCGAGUGCUGCAGGACCUUACCCAGAUUCAGAGGUGUUCAGCACAGUGUGGCCUGGGCCAGCAGAUGAGGACAGUGCAGUGUCUAUCUUACACCGGUCAGCCAUCUAAUGAUUGUGCAGAUUCUCUCCGGCCCACUACCAUGCAGCAAUGUGAGAGCAAGUGUGACGCCACCCCUAUCAUCAAUGGUGAUGAAUGCAAAGACGUAAACAAAGUGGCCUACUGCCCACUGGUGCUGAAGUUCAAGUUCUGCAGCCGCGGGUACUUCAGGCAGAUGUGCUGCAAAACUUGCCAGGGACACUGA